ACAUAUCAGCCUAUAUAUAAGCUGAGGAUUGUUGGAAAGAUUCAGAACAUUUGGAAGAGAGGUCAGUGCAGGACCUGCAGAAAAGAAAUCAGCGAAAAUUAUUAAGAUGGGAAAACUCAUUUCACUUCUUUGCUUAGCGUUUCUCGCAAUGACUUUAGUUGUGGCUACUGAAUCAUCUGUUCGCUCUUGUAUACCACAUGGCAAACCAUGCACAAAUGAAGAUGAGUGUUGCCAUGGAAAAGUUGCAUUUGUAUGCCAUCCAUGGAAACAUAUUUGCACUGGAGGACCCAAAUUUCCAUUCAUACCGUCGUGGCCAAUAAUAAAUCCAGCUAACAUUCAAUUAGAUUUCGAGGAUUCUUUAUAUGAUUGACUUGAAUUGUUUCAUUUAAUCUUGUGUUUAAUUUAGAAAAAUUGUUCAAUUUAGAAAAGAAUGUGACUCACUACUGUAAUUGAAAAUAUAUAUGUAUUUGCUUAUUCAUUA